AUAGUUCCAAGAAUAGCAUGAUAUAAUGUUACGCAGAACAUCUCAAGCUCGUAUUUGGCGAGAUUUUCGCAUGAGUGAAUGUGUGGCUGAUGCUGCAUGCAAGAAAAUGCAAGUGACUCGUCAAGUGGAUAAAUGUAUACACCUUGUGGAUGAGCUUAAGUGUCUCUUGUAAGAUCCGUCGAAACAAACACGGCCACGCCAUUAUCCGCGAUUAGAUACCAACGUCGAAAUUUUCGGCUUGUCGGUAUAUCCCGUGCAUGAUACGCGUAAGCAAUCAGACAAACAACUGCUCUUCAUCAGAAUUAUGGACUAGGACCAAAUGGCAUGAGUACCAGUCCACAGCCAAGUGCCAUGAGCAUCCAGGGCCACAUAUUCCAAAUCAAAACUGCUGACGUCCAGACGUUCUACGAAAUCCAUCAGCCUACAUCUACAGCAUCAAAAGUCAUCAAAAUCACUAGCGAUAUGUGGCAUGUGCAUGUACGCUCAAUCAUUGCGGUCCCCUCCAUGUGGCUCUUUGAGCCAGGAAAGCACCGCACCCAAGAUUGCUCGCUUUCUUCUCCGUUUUCGUUCCUCAGGUCCCCGGCAGUCGUGAGCCCACGCCCGAAGGCGUAACCUCGUACCAGGUACUCGUUUUAAGUGUGGAAGAACCCGAACGUGAUAUUUGCGUUGUUCAUGGAGAAGAAAAAAGGAAAAGAAAAAGAAAAAAAAA